AUGUCGUCUGUCUUCGAUAACUCCGCUGCGUUGGAUUACCCCCCGAGCCACCAAAAGGACGACCAAAUUAAGGAACUAAAGGAUCAGAUAACCAACCUGACAAACGAAUUGAGAAACAGGUCGCCGGAUCAGUUCACACAGAAUGAUAGCAACAUUCGACAGGAGCUUAAGAAAGCCAUCUCUAGGGUAGUUGAUGAUGUCUUUCAGAAUGAGACCUUCUCACAGACACAUGUUCCUCAUUCAUCGGCACCCGUAGAAGGUAUACCCGCUUAUGAGCUUGUUGACCGCACGUUAAGUGAACAAAGUGCGCUCACUCAUUUUCUUUCGAUAACGAUAGUAAACCAAUCAUUUUCCACAACGAUCGAAUCCGAAGAGCACGUGGCAUCAUCAUCUACCAGCGUCAAUCAUCCUUUCUCUCUCCACAACAAUUUCACGUCCAUUCUUGGUCAUUCCAAUCACGAAUCGGCGGACUCGGAUUAUAACAGCCGUAACGACCUCCGUGCCCCCCUCUGUGAAUCCAACUUUGAGGAAAAUAUGGGCUUGCGUUUCAACAAUGAAAACAAGCAGAUGCCAAACAUGCACGUGCCCAUGUCAUUGCAAACACCACAACGCCGAUUUAACCAUCAAGGCGGCAUGAACGAUAAUAACAAUAACAAUAACGGACAACGCCUACAAAACAAGAAUUUCAAUAACCGUCCGCAGAAUAAGCAAAAUGGAUACGGUCAACCACAAAAGAAUUUUAAUUAUCCUCAAGGCGGCGGUAUGAUGAAUGGCGUGAAUGGUGUGAAUGGUAUUGGUCACCAUGCUCUUGAAGACCAUACAGAUUUGUCGAUAUCAAAUCAAGGUAUGCAGAUAUUAAUUUCUAAUGCCAGCCAACCAUUCAGUUCCUUAAAAUAA